AUGGACUCCUGGCUUGUCCUGUCCGGUUUGACCCUCGUCGAGGCCUAUCUGCUGCAUCGCUCCCUUUUCCCAGACCUCACCCUUCGCUAUGUCGGACUCGCCACUUUCGGUGUCAAUCUGACUCUGCUGUGCAUCUGGAAAAUCCUGAUUUAUCCUUUUUUUGUGUCACCGCUGCGUCAUCUGCCUACUCUUCGUGGCAAUCUCAAUCAUGCUCGCAUCAUCUUUGACGACCCCCGCGGUCGUCUUCCCCUGCAAUGGAUGAAGACCAUCCCCAAUGACGGUCUCAUCCAUUUCCGUGAUGUCCUCAACCGCAGUUACCUGCUGGCCACCAACCAUCAGGCCCUGCUGGAUAUCAUGAGCACCCGCACUUACGACUUCGAGAAACCCUGGCGGGCGCGCGAUUUCCUGGCCCGCAUCAUCGGUUUCGGUCUCAUCCUGUCCGAGGGCACCGAACAUCGCAAACAGCGCCGUGCCCUGACCCCUUCCUUCAACGUGCGCAACAUCCGCGCCAUGUAUCACCUCAUGUGGGAGAAGACGGGGCUACUGAUGGAUGAGCUCGAGAAGGAGAUCCGUCAGUAUCCCAUGGAGGGCACCGGUGUCGAUAGCGGCGAGGGCAAGGUCGAGAUGACCGUGUGGGCGAGUCGCCUCACCCUGGAUAUUAUCGGCCCCGCCGCCAUGGGCCGUGACUUUCGCUCGCUGCAGAACCCCGAGAACAAAGUGGCCGACAGCUUCCUGGCCAUCCUCGAGCCCACCAGAGAGAAGAUGGCCUUCCUGGCCGUCAACUUCGCCCUCCCCCAGUGGCUCGUCCGUCACAUCCCCUGGCGUCUGAACCGCGUCGUGGACACCGAGAUCGGCUUCCUGCGCCAGCUCUGCCACGACAUUGUCAAGGAGAAACGCGCCGCCAUCGCCGACUCCAAGGCGCAGGAACUCGAGGCCGACAUCCUGGCCUCCAUCAUGCUGAGCGGCGACUUCUCCGACGAGGAGCUGGUCGACCAGAUGCUGACGUUCCUGGCUGCCGGCCACGAGACCACCGCCAGCGCCUUCACCUGGACCUGCUAUCUGCUCACAAAGCAUCCCGAAGUGCAGGACCGUCUGCGCGCCGAGAUCCGCCAGCGCAUCCCCUCGGGGAACGCCCCCAUCACCUGGUCUGACCUCGAGUCACUGCCCCUGCUCAACGGCGUCUGUCAAGAAGUCCUGCGUCUGUAUCCUACCGUGCCCGUCACCCUGCGCGAAGCCAUGCGGGACAGCGUCGUGGCUGGCGCCGCCAUCCCCAAGGGCACUCGCAUCGUCCUAUGUCCCUACGCCAUCAACCGUAGCCCGGAGUUCUGGGGCGCCGACGGCGACCAGUUCCGUCCCGAACGCUGGAUCGACCGGGACAAGACCGGGAACCCCGUCGUGAACCAUACCGGCGGCGCGUCCACCAAUUUCGCCCAGAUCACGUUCCUGCAUGGCCAACGUUCUUGUAUUGGCAAGGACUUUGCCCGCGCCGAGCUGCGCUGUGCCGUUGCCGGCGUGGUCGGUCGCUUCCGUCUAGCCAUGCAGGAUCCGAAACAGGUGAUCCAUAUCGCUGGGGCUGUGACUACUAAGCCGGUCGAGGGGAUGCAUCUGAGGAUGUCGCGAGUGGAUGAGUGGUAG